AUGCUGCUGGUGGUCCUGGUGCUGAAGGUACUGGUGUUGCUCUUCCUGCGACUGCUACUGCUGUUUCACCCAGUUCUGUUCCGGGAACAAGUCAAGGUACGAAACCUGUUCAAGGCGAAGCUGAUCGCGGUGCUUCAGCUCCUGGUGAGACAACUGAUGGCCCGACUACAGUUGAAGAUCAAGCUGAAAGCACCGAUAACAGUACAGCAGGUGGAAGUGCAACAAACGAGGAGAGUGCAGCACCACAAUCAUCUUCUUCUACCACUACAGUCACAGAGAGUACCAGUGGAUCUGACACUUCCACUGAGAAAGGCAGUACAUCUGAAGGAACUGAGUCAACAAGCACCCAAAACACUGAUGUGGGAAAUACAGACAAUACAGGUACAACCACCACCACAACAACAACAACAACACUUCCUCCUGAACUCACAAACAACAAGAAGGGUGAUGCAGACAGCAGCAGCAGUAUCAGCAGUUCUGUNAGCAGUUCUGUGUGGGUGCGUGUACCACUACUGA